AGAAAGUUGGUUGAAUAACAAUAUAGCAUCUGGAUGAUUAUGUGUAUUGGUCGGCAUGUGUAUAAAAUCAGUGAUAUUUGCUGUGUGACAAAAUCAUUACUGAAUAUCUAGGGUUAUUUAUAUGUUGUGCUUUCGGAAGAGAGGUUAUGUUCAAAGUUAUAAAUUACGAAAAACUGAGGAGAGUUCCGGCGAAAGUGUCACAUGUUUUGACGUCGAAAAUUACCGGAGGAGCUUCAAUAUUUUACUGACAAAUUGAUUCGAGGAUCUGCCCGAU